AUGGACACCAUCUGGUCCGACUUCUGGGCGACAGCCGUGCUUCUACCCCUCACGUUCCUCCUGUCCAUGCUCUUCAACGUCCGAAGGACAGAAGACAGCUCGUACGGACUUUGGUCAGCUCUCCUUCUUCAACUCUGUGAUAAACGCCUCGACAUCUUCGUCCUCUGCCCCCAGUACAGACUAUAUGUUCCACGUCAUCCGAACAAUCAGCCAACUGAUGCCGACACAUCAAUGGUCACUACCUCCGACAGCCAAGCGAAAGGCGUCAUUGUCGACAACUCGCUCAUUCUUCCCGAAAUCCAACCCGUUCACUUGGGGGAUUAUUCAAAUCUGCAUCAAUACAUCAAUCACUUCUUGAAAUCCCCGCAGCCAAGCUUCUCGGAAAUCGAUGUACACACAACCAACGCGAAGGUGGCUGUGAUUGUAGAGCAGAAACGACCUCCCUCACGUCACCCCAAGGAUAUACUCAGUUAUUGUCAGCAGCUCAGCAGGCUGCUGCGCUCGGCCGCCGAGCAGGCCACUGAUCAAGCCUGCUGUCUGUUCUCAAUGCUGAACUACGGGCAUCAGGAGGAAGUGAUACUUAUUGCGGCAACAGGGGCGUGGUGGAUGUUUCGUUUGAGCCGUAGAAGGGAGGUAGACACGCCGUUCAUUUAUGAAGAUUAUACGCUCAAAUUCUCCCCGGACGAGACAGAAGAACAAGAGGAAAUGGGGGAUGCCCCCGGCACCGAUGGAGAACUCAUGCAUCCCGCCGUUGCUAGGCUUUUAGCACGCUUUCCAUUGCCUUCAGAGGAGAUCGACAACAAGGACGAACAUCUAAUCGAGGCACGGAGAUUAUAUCAUCUGCGAGAAAAAGCACGUCGGGAUGACAUAGCUGAUGGCACAGCGCGUGCGGACCGUUACGCAAGAAGGAAUUUAAGGAAAGAGAGAGAGAGAGCGGAAAGAGCUGGUAUAAGAAUUGGAGACAGGUGGAAGAAGUUCGUGAAAGAUGUUGGACAAGGCCCAUACUCUCCCGAAGACGUUGACAUGUGUGUGAAAUUUCAACAAGAGAUGUACGCAGGCUCGCACCUUCUUCCCUGCCACAAGUUCGACGACCAGCUCGACCCCGACGACGACAGGCUCACAGAAUGGACCGACCCGAUGCGCUUAGGGAGUCCGAUUUCCAACAAGUACAUGGCGUUUAUCAAGGCCUACCUCGAUCGCCUGGCCAAGGAGGAGUCGAGGCGGCGGGGAGUGUAG